AGUCAUCUCAGAUAAGUUCUCAGAGUGUUGCUGAAUAGAAUGGCUACUCACAAAAGAGCUACUGUUAGUGUUGUUUUCUGUGUCCUGUUAGGUUUAAGCAUUUGCUCUACAGCUAGAGUUCUCCUCAACCAAGAAGAAUCUGGUGUCGACUCCGGUGUAGAACAUGCUGGUGGAGAAGGGGGUUAUGGAGGUGGAGGAGCCUAUGGCGGAGGAAGUGGUGCAGGGUAUGGUGCUGGUGGAGGAAGUGGUGCAGGGUAUGGUGGUGACCAUGGUGCUGGAAGUGGUGCUGGCUAUGGUGCUGGAGGUGAACAUGGCGGUGGCAUCGUAGGUGGAGGAGCUGGCAGUGGUGCGGGAUAUGGUGCUGGAGGUGAACAUGGUGGAGAUAGUGGAAUAGGUGCUGGUGGAGGUCAUGGUGGUGGCUCUGCUGGUGGUGGUUAUGGUGGAGGAGCUGGUGGAGCUCACGGUGGUGGCGCUGGUGCUGGAGGUGAACACGGUGGUGGCGCAGGUGCUGGUGGUGGUUAUGGAGGAGGAGCUGGUGGUGGUGCUGGUGCUGGAGGUGAACACGGCGGUGGCGCAGCUGGUGGUAGUUAUGGAGGAUCUGGUGGAGCUCACGGUGGCGGUGCUGGUGCUGGAGGUGAACACGGUGGUGGCGCUGCUGGUGGUGGUUAUGGUGGAGGAGCAGGUGGAGGUGCUGGUGGAGCUCACGGUGGUGGUGCCGGUGCUGGAGGUGAACACGGUGGUGGCGCUGCUGGUGGUGGUUAUGGUGGAGGAGCUGGUGGAGGUGGUGGAGCUCAUGGCGGUGGUGCCGGUGCUGGAGGUGAACACGGUGGUGGCGCUGCUGGCGGUGGUUAUGGUGGAGGAGCUGGUGGAGCUCACGGUGGUGGUGCCGGUGCUGGAGGUGAACACAGUGGUGGCGCUGCUGGCGGUGGUUAUGGUGGAGGAGCUCACGGUGGUGGUGCCGGUGCUGGAGGUGAACACGGUGGUGGUGCUUCUGGAGGUGGUUAUGGUGGAGGAGCUGGUGGAGCUCAUGGUGGUGGUGCCGGUGCUGGAGGUGAACACGGUGGUGGCGCUGCUGGUGGUGGUUAUGGUGGAGGAGCUGGUGGAGCUCAUGGUGGUGGUGCCGGUGCUGGAGGUGAACACGGUGGUGGUGCUGCUGGUGGUGGUUAUGGUGGAGGAGCUGGUGGAGGUGCUGGUGCUGGAGGUGAACACGGAGGUGGCGCUGCUGGUGGUGGUUAUGGUGGGGCUCACGGUGGUGGUGCCGGUGCUGGAGGUGAACACGGUGAUGGUGCUGCUGGUGGUGGAUACGGUGCUGGAAGUGGAGGAGGAGCUGGUGGAGCCCAUGGUGGUGGUUACGGUGCUGGAGGUGAACAUGCUGGUGGAGCUGCAGGUGGUGGUUAUGGUGCUGGAAGUGGCGGAGGAGUUGGUGGUGGCUACGGUGCUGGAGGUGCUGGCGGAGCUCAUGGUGGUGGUUAUGGUGCCGGAGGUGAAGGAGCUGGUGGUGGUUCUGGAUAUGGUGCCGGUGCCGGUGGAGAACAUGGUGGAGGUUAUGGAGCAGGAGGUGAAGGAGCUGGUCACGGUGGUGGUUCUGGAUAUGGUGCCGGUGCCGGUGGAGAACAUGGUGGAGGUUAUGGAGCAGGAGGUGAAGGAGCUGGUCACGGUGGUGGUGAUGGUGGCUACUGAACAUUGCCAUGAAAUCGCCAUCCUGCCAAUGGACUUAAGAAACAAAUCUUCUUCUGUUCUUCAUUACCAAAUACAUAAAGUAUAAUAUUAUCAAUAAGAGUUUGAAUAGGCAGAAGUUCUAAAGGAUAGUUGAAUUGGUACAGACUGAUGCUCUAGCUUAUUGAAAAUGAAUCAUGAAAUUAUCAAAUUAAUUACUUAACCAUUCCAUGGUUAACGGAAUUAAUGGGCAAUACUGACAGGGAUUCACUGUACUUCUGUAAGACUAUAAUUUUGAAUGUAUAUCACCUUUUCUGUCAAUAUGGUGUUGUUA